AUGAGCUUCUUUUCGUUCGGCGAUAUUCCCGCCAUUCAAACCCGCAAGGCUUUACUGCUCUUGGACUUUCAGAAUGAUUUUGUCCGCCCAGCUGGCGCCCUCCAUGUCCCCAAUACAGCAGAUAUCCUAGAGAUCCUGCCUCCACUGGCGGCAGCGUUUCGUCGCUCGGGCGAUGUGAUUUGGGUGCGCUCGCAGUAUGAAUCUCCACAGCCUACGGAAGAUUGGAACUUUGGAGAUCGCGUCGUCUUGGAGAAUGGGCCGCCGAAGCCAGCACCGCCCUUACCCACAUCCGAUGUGAUCGAAGUAUCAUCCGACCGUGACUCACCGGAGCCUGUGGACACCGAAGCUUUCCUCUCCGGUCGAUCUGCCAAGUGUUGCGCGCCACAAUCGCCUGGCUUUCAAUUCCCCGCACCUGUGCUCGCUGCUAUUGACCCGGAUCGUGAUACGGUGCUUGAUAAGACGGGUUACUCUGCUUUGGAGUCGGAGGGCCUGGUACUAUCAUUUCGCACGCGCUUUUUGACCGACCUGUAUUUAUGUGGCUCGCUGUCGAAUGUUUCCGUCUAUGCAACGGCUCUUGAUGCCGUGCGCAACGGCUUCUCGGUGACAGUAGUUGAAGACUGUCUGGGAUAUCGGGACUUUCAGCGUCACCAGGAAGCUAUGCGCCGCAUGGCAGAUAUCCUGGGAGCUGCGGGAAUAACGGCCCAAGAGUUGAAUCAAGAGCUGGAGUGGCAGGAGACAGAUGAGAUUGCCCGACAAAACAAGACGCAGCCACCUAAACGAUCGACCACUGCGGGUGCGCCCGUGGGCAUCGAGGAUAUCAUGGACAGUUUGGAUGUAAUGCCUGUGGAUUCCAUUCCCGAGGAAGCUCCGGAUGAGGGGAGCUACAGUUUGGCACAGCUCGCCUCGCAAACGCGAGCAACGAGAGUCGCAGCCGCCGCCGCUCGUAUACCCGUUGAAGGAAAGAAACAAGUUCGUGCGCGGGUGCGUCGGCCGAAACGUCGAGAACCUACACCCGGUGGAGGAGCUGGAGAUGGAUCGACCAAGGGAUUGUCAGACGGCAGUCUAGGUGAAGGUGAUUCCCGCAUUAUCCCAGAAAUCGACCUGCCUGCCGAUGCCUUUGAGCGUAUGCGGGCGGAAGUGUCCUGGCAGAAGAUGUACCAUCUGUCCGGCCAGGUCCCUCGGCUUGUGGCUGUCCAAGGGCAUAUCCAACCCGAUGGCUCUAUUCCUAUCUACCGACACCCUGCAGACGAAUCUCCACCAUUGAAACCAUUCACGCCGGCCGUGGAUGAAGCACGCAUCCUGGUCGAGCGAAUCCUUGGCCACCCCCUCAACCAUGUCCUCAUCCAGCUCUACCGUGACGGUCAGGAUUCAAUUUCUGAGCAUUCCGACAAGACUCUUGACAUCGUUCGAGGAUCCUUUAUCUGCAAUGUCAGCUUGGGCGCACAGCGGGUUAUGACGCUCCGUACCAAGGCUUCGGCCUCCGAGUCCCAUGAGGGCGCUGAGUCGAGUCGUCUCAAGCAACAAGUUCCACUGCCCCAUCGAUCUCUUUUCAUCCUCGGUGAAAAAACCAAUAUGCGCUGGCUUCACGGGAUCCGACCAGACAAACGCGCCGCAUCCAUCAAGUCUUCCGCGGAGCAAGCAUUUGGUGGUGAGCGUAUCUCCCUUACUUUCCGACACAUCGGUACCUAUCUCAACCCGAAUACGAAUACCAUUUGGGGCCAAGGCGCUAUCAGCAAAUCACCGGAUACCGCGCGAACUGUGAUUCAUGGCGAACCUGCAGAAACCGAACGACUGAUUCGCGCAUUCGGUCAGGAGAAUCGGGCCACCGAGUUCGACUGGGACGCCUUCUAUGGCGCUGGAUUCGACGUGGUGAAUUUUGUCACUACGACUCCCGCACGGUUGACACUUUGUGGAAAUCUGGUUGCGGAUCUGCGCGUGCAGAUGGGCUUGGGUGAGAAUGGUCUUCGAUAUGAGAUUGUCGACGAUAAGCCACAUGGUCAAGAUGGCACACCAAGCCCACAACCAUUGUAUACGGACCCAGAUGGUAGGACUAUUGCGGGGGAUGUGGCUAUCCUGACGCACCUGGCUGAACGGCCCGCGGAGUCAAUCCGGCCAGGCGUAGAAGCCUUGCGAGGUGGCAAUGAACUUCAAUGGAUUGAAGGGUUCCUCAACCGGUGGCGUGAGCAUCGCGCGAUCAAUCCAGAUUGCACAUUUGAAACCAACCUGGAGGAUUGCGACCGAGCACUGGAAGGGAGACAUUACCUGGGAGGCUCGUCUUUGAGCAUUGAUGACUGCUCCUUUUGGCCAGUGUUGCGCGAGAUUGUAAUGUCCCAGGGUCCAUUUGAUGCUCGAUGGGUUAAUCUUAAUCAAUACUACGCGCGUGUGGAGAAACGAGGCAUCGUGAGAGCUAUUCUCGAGGGCUCGCAGUGA